AUGAGUGGAGAGCUUUUUUUCGACUGGGAGAAGAAAGAUAACCAGGUGCUUUGGAUUAGUGGAUGGCCGGGACAAGGCAAAGCCCUGCUGAUGAAGGCAGUUGCCCAGGAGAUAUCAAGUUAUACGUCAAACAAUGCCGCCGCCGCUCUCAGAACCUUCAUGUGGAGAGUUAUUGACCGCCGACCAAGUCUUGCCACGCAUUUAGGAGACAAGCGCAACACAACAGGCAGAACAACCUUUGACGACCCAAAUGACUUCUUUGCAUUGUGUAGAAUAUUUCAUGGUAUGAUUAAAGAUGGCAAAUUGCUGGAAACAUACUUCAUCCUUGGCAAUCUCCACGAGUGUUCCGAUGAGGUGGGGUGGCCAGGCAUCGCCGACCUUCUGAAGCUCAUCCAAUCCGUCAAGGAUUUCAUAAAGGAGAGGGUCGGAGCUCUGGCUUCAGCUAAAGGUUACGAGGAAGAGCUCAAAAAUAUCAUCGUCGCUAGUCUCUGCGAGAUGUCAACCAGUAAUUACUUAGAAUUUUCAUUUGCGAGGCUCUGA